CGUCUAUCGAUCUAUCGCUUUUUGACAGUUGACCGCUGUAAACAUCUUAAAAAACGAGUUGAAAAAUGACCUCCAACGAGACCCAAACUGAGGGAAAGCGUAGAGUAACGAUUCCCUCUGCGACCCCUGAAAAAAGUGUGGAAUCCAACCAAGAAUCCAAAAGCGAAACCAAUGAGGAUCCUAAAAGAAUUUCUCAUAGCGAGUUUCAAAAGAGGGUGACCACGGAUAGGAGCAAUGAACCGGUCUUCAGUUGCCAAUUCGAAGUUUUCGGGAUAGUGCAGGGCGUUUCCUUCCGAAUGUACACCUUACGAAGAGCGCAGAAGCUGGGCGUUCGGGGCUGGUGCAAGAACACCACUGAAAACACGGUGAAGGGUGAAAUUCAAGCGCAUCAACAUGCCUUUGAGUCCAUGCGCCUCUGGCUAAAGCACACCGGCAGCCCCACAAGCCGAAUCGACAAGUGCAUCUUCGGCGACACCACUGAACUGUCCGAGUUCACUUUCAGCAACUUCUCGAUUGUGGUGGAUUAGUUUGUUUCCCAUUGAAAACCGAAGAAGUUGUAUUAUUUGAGCACUGACAUAUUUACGUGUCCUUAUUUGCCGAUUUUUAUUGAUUUGGUCACAUAUUUUUUAAUCAAAAUUAAUAUUAAUUUUAUAUUUUAUUCAAUUAUGGUUGUAUUAAAAACAAAAAUUGGUUACUAGUUAA